CCGACGUUCAGUCGCACCCUCGCCUCGCGCACGGCGCGCACUCGGCACGCCUCUCACACGUCGACACGCGCCGGAAACGGGAUCGCCGCCGCCGGCCAAAGGGACCCACCGACGAUCGCACUCACUGACGGCAGCUAGCGAGGAGAAAGAUUUCCGCGAAAGUGAUAAGAAGUACUCGAGAGACUCCAAGGAUGAGGCUCCUCGCGGUCGCCCUAGGAUUCCUCCUUCAGGCAUGGAUCGUGUCCUGCGGGGUACGUGGCAAAACGACGAGACCCAGCUUCGUUUCCGACCAGAUGAUCGCGACCGCAGCCAGCGUCGUGAACGCCUGCCAAACGCAAACGGGAGUCGCCACAGCCGACAUAGAAGCGGUAAGAAACGGUCAGUGGCCGGAAACACGUCAAUUGAAGUGCUACAUGUAUUGCCUCUGGGAACAAUUCGGUCUGGUCGACGACAAGAGAGAGCUAAGUCUGAACGGGAUGCUGACGUUCUUCCAGAGAAUACCCGCCUAUAGAGUCGAGGUCGAGAAAGCGAUCAACGAGUGCAAGGGGAUCGGUAACUAUUUGGCAAAGGGUGAUAAUUGCGAGUACGCGUACACGUUCAACAAGUGCUACGCGGAGCUAUCUCCGAGGACUUACUAUCUGUUCUAAUGAGCCGCGGGGGAGGACGAGCGCGUGAAAGAAGACCAAGAACAAAAUGCUCAAGAUACAAUUUCGCCAAGUGUGUCGCGAUGUUUUUACCGUUUAAACCACUUUCCACUUUAUCAUGUAACCGCUGUACAUGCCAUGUAUUGCGUAAACCGUAUACGAAUGUGUCGAUGAAAUAAAAAGAAUUCAGCGAUCUAA